AUGCCGAGUCAACAACUACUGAAUCUGUGCCCUCUAGCAUUUGCCUUUGACAUGCUACCCCAAGUGCAGGCGCAAGAUGGCAACCAUCCUACAGCUGAAGCAACAUUGAGUUUUUUCCAGGAGCUUUGUGUGGUGUUUCUACAAGACGCCGCUGCAAUGCUGAUCUUAGGGGAAGCAGAAGAGCGACAACUGCAUCCAAUUUUCCAGGAGAUGCCAAUUUUCAAGCUGCCUAUUUUCCUUGAAUUCAAAGAGGAGAUGAGACUCAAGCUGGAGACCGCGGAAGACCCCUUAGAUGCCAGUCUGGAAAAGGUCAUGCCAGGUGUACACCAACGUUUUGUCGCCAACUACAAAGCAACGAGUGACUUAGAGCGAAAAUUCGACACUCGAAUUGACCAGCUGCAACAGGUCGUGGUGGAUGGUUUUCAGCAACUAUACGACAAUCAACAAGAGCAUCGCAUGGAAACUGAUAAGCUGGUGGGCACACUUUUAGUGGAAGCUGGCGAGCGAUUGCUACAAAAUACCCCUCCCCACAACAAUAAUGACAGCGCAGAGAGUACCCCGGUGCACACAACAACACAGAAUACACGGCAACGCAUACCAGUUUCAGGUGAACCCCGGGGCAAUUCAAAUUCCACCGGUGUUUCCCGAGUUAACGGCGAAGUCGCUCAUCCAGAGCUCCCAGAAGCCUUUCGAAACAUGACCAAUGACGAGCUACUGGUGGUACACAAGACGUACUAUCUGAAAAUGAGGCACACCACUUUGGGCAGCUUCUGGAAUGAGUGGUUUGGCCUUGCCGAAUUCGAUGAUGGCUUUGCUGGUAUUGAAGGCCGAAAUCAGAAGCACGGAGCCCAGUGGCGAAAGCACUUACCAGCGACUGAGUACUCCUACAGAAACCGGCUGAUUAAGGGCAUACAGGCUACAGCCGAAGAAGCAAACCAACAACCAAGUGCAGUGAUUGAGGAGUGGGAACCCCUGUUUGCCGACGCGAGGUUCAGCAUUGGCAACCUUGUGAAAGCGCUACAACAGAGCAACAAGCUACCAAAAGGAAAGCAACGUGGUAAAAAGAAAAACUAA